GCCGGCGGCCGCCAGGGCACGACCGACCGCCGCAGGAGCCGGCCUGCCGCAGCUACCUCAGCGCCCCCCGCCGCUGCGCUCGGCUCACAACCUGCUUUCCUUGGAGCUAACUAACAUCUCUGGGUGGGCGCUGAGGUUAAAAGAAUAGUGACUAUUAUGAAGAGAUGAUGACUCUUGUUCUCCACCUACACUGAAGAAACACUGCACUUUAAUCUCCUGUCUGUGCCAUCAGGUCAACUGAAGACAGGGUUCUGAAAUCUCAGCUAUAGAGCUAUCCAGCCAAAGUCUCAAUCUUGCCUUAACAAUGUUUCAGAGACUGAACAAAAUGUUUGUAGGUGAAGUUGCUACUUCUUCCAACCAAGAACCAGAAUUUAGUGAGAAAGAAGAUGAUGAGUGGAUUCUUGUUGACUUCAUAGAUACUUGCACUAGUUUCUCAGCAGAGGAAGAGGAAGACGAGGAUGACAUCAAUGAAGAGUCCCCAGCAGAGCACACGUCAGUCUUCUGUUUACCUGCGUCUCUGGAGUGUCUGGCUGAUACCAGCGAUUCCUGCUUCCUCCAGUUUGAGUCCUGUCCACUGGAGGAGAGCUGGUUCAUCACCCCUCCCCCAUGUUUUACGGCAGGUGGAUUACCCACUGUCAAGGUGGAAACAAGUCCUAUGGAAAACCUUCUCAUUGAGCAUCCCAGCAUGUCUGUCUAUGCUGUGCACAGUUCCUGCCCUGGCCUUAGUGAGGCCAGCUGUGGAAAUGAAGAAGACAACUCAAGCAGCCCCAGAAUGGAAGCCCAAAGUGAAAUUGGGGAGCACAUUCACUGCUGUGUUGCAGCUCUAGCUGUUCAGGCAACGUUUUUGGAACAACCCAAGAGCUUCCGCCCUUCCCAGUGGAUAAAAGGACACAGUGAGAGACAGUCUCUGAACAGAAAUGGCCUUCGUCGCCAGAACCUUACCAGAGAUUGCCACACUCGACAAAAGAAGCACAGUGGCUGGGUGGUUCACCAGCCCUGCCCACGCCAGUACAAUUACUGAGAACACUGGACUCUGCUGGUUGGUUUCCUCGGUCGGGUUUGUGCCUGUCUACGUAUGUGGAUGUGUGUGCAUACGAUGAAAAUGCUCUUUCCAAUCGCCUAGUUUGUCAGUGUGUCUAGACAUUGUCACAAUCAGAUUGUUACGCUGUGUGUCACAUAAUGCCUUGCUCCUGACAACUACUUUUAAAAACCUUUUCAGAAGCUUUUUGGAAACAUAUCAAUACAGUUACAGUGUUUGGGGUGGUCUUUAAAUACAGUAAGGUAUAUAUGAGUUAGUCAGCGUCUUAAGAACAUUUCUUACCCCAAGUAUAAGAAUAGGCAUCUUUUCAAUUUCAUGUAUUUUGUAUUAUUUAAUCUUUUGUGUAAGCAAAAAUUUAUUCUCAGGGUCAGCCAUAUACUUUAUUGACCAGUACUUGAUAGUCUUUUCUGUAUAUAAUGAGUACAUUUUUAUACACUAACAUGAGCAUUAACAGAUUUUUGCCAUGGAUAUAAUGGAAUUAAUGGCUGAACUUACUUUUGAAAGAAAACUUGACAUAUUCUGUAUGUAUGGUUCUUUUUUCCCAAGUUAGUCAUUGCAGUUUAUUGUGGGAUUCAGGUACAUUAUUUUUGGUGAACAGUGCAUUCAAUAAUUCUGAUGUGACUCCACAAGAUGGUACAGAUACUAGAGCUGCCAUGGACAAUAGCACUUGCCUCCUAUGCAAAGGGAAAAAUGGGAGCCGUGGUGAUAUUGGAGUUCUGUCUGUAGGUAGCCACAGAGCAGUCAGUAUUUGGAGGUGUCUAGAGUCUUAACUGCCACCUCAGCUGAGAAUGCACAAGUGCUUGCCCAGGCACUUGAUGGCUUCAUGCUCAUGUCUGCCCUUAAGAAAGGUAAAUGCUCAAGACAUGGAGCCUGUCCUCCUAAGGGGAAAGCAUGGGGGAUUUGUGUCUGUUAUAGCAUCCAAGACUGAUGGGUUGGUUUGAGUUUUUUUUUUUUUUUUUUUUUUUUUGGUUUUUUCGAGACAGGGUUUCUCUGUAUUGUUUUGGAGCCUGUCCUGGAACUCACUCUGUAGACCAGGCUGGCCUCGAACUCACAGAGAUCUACCUGCCUCUGCCUCCCGAGUGCUGGGAUUAAAGGCAUGCUCCACCAACGCCCGGCGAGCUUUCAUUUUUUUUAACUUCACAAAAUCUUUAACCACUUUGGCCUGUUUGCUCCACAGCAGGGGAGUAAUAAUACGUCCCUCACAGAGUUGUGAGGAUCACAUACUAAUUGAAGUGGAGCUGUCAGAACUAAACUUUGUGUGAACUUCCAGGGCCUUUUUGCCGAACCUAGUGGUGGGAGGCUGUGGCACUUUUUCUGCCAUGAUUAUUCUUCAGGGUUGGUGCUAAUGGUGUGGGGUUCCACUCACAUAGGUCAGUUAACUUGAUUAAAGGAAAGUCCAUUUUCUUACCUCUAACUGGUCACUUCUUUGUAAGCAGUUUUGAUGGAUUUUAAUGAGCCAUCCAUACUUGCAACCAACUUUCUGGAACAUUAAACCCAUGUACAGCUUAAAGCACAUUUUACUGAGAAUGCUGUCAUUACCUAUAUAAUCAAACAACUCACUUCCCUAUCUCCUCCGCAACCCUCAUUAAACACUUGUUCAUGAACUAAUUUUGAGAAAAAGGCAGCAUAUUGUUACAUGAAGUAUUGUCCCUGGAGCAGCUUGACACGGAAGCUUGGGAGACUUUGAGGGAAGAGCUGUGCUCGCUCUGACGAGGCUGGGGUUUACAGCUGCAGUUAGAUGGUGAAGGGUGUUCCUAUACUGGCUGUCUAAGUGCCAGGGAGGCUCUCUCAGAACAGGAAUCUAGAUUCCUUGUCCUUCCCUAAACCUUUUCCACACUGACUUCCUCUUUUGUUUAUCUGUUUUCUAAUUGGGGCCAAGUCUGUAAAGUCGUGAAACUGAGAAGUUAUUUGUUACUAUUUGUGUUUUCAUGAAGGUUUGCAUGUUUUACACCAUGUCUGUUAUAGGAUCAUAUGCUAAUAACUUGAAAAUAGAGCAGCUACGUGUCUUCUGGACACAAGCUUCUAAAUGCAUGUAGCCUUUCCUACCCCCUUACAUCAAGUUGUGUCUCACAAGCUGGAAGCUCAGCCAUGAUCAUUUGUUUGGCCAGCAUCAAGUGAUUUGUGUAUUAAACUACAGUAGUUUUUUUUUUUAAACAUUACAUCUCUUUCAGUUACUGACUUUUCAUUUGCCUUGUCUGUGCCUAGUAUUUUUGACUUGUCCCUGAAAACCCACAAACAGAUCACAUCAAUUACUGGGAUUUUUUUUUCUCUUUAAGGUUAAGAUUACCACACCACCUAUAAUAGGUAGCACACUGUGGUUCCUGUGUGAAAGUUUAUGUCUAAAAUUGGCACAUGGAAGAAAAAUUGAAGUUCCUGGUCAUUAGGUGUUUGUUAGGCAACUACUGUAAGACAUAAGUCCAGCAACACAGACCAAUGUGAACCUGUUAAUGCUCUGUGAGACACGGCCAGAGUGCAUUUUAUGAGUUGGUUACUCACUGAUUACCAUCACCAUAUUUUGUAACUUCUAGUGGUUUACAAUGUACUUCAGCGCAUUAAAAGUACAAUCAGUAGGAAGACCCCAAGGGUUGGGGGUGUAGUUAGUGAUAGAACACUUCCUUAGUAUAUGCAAGGCCCGGAGUUCCACAAAACAAAGCAAGACUCCUGCAUUAGGAGCAUUUCUAAACUGAUAGCCUAGAAUUUCGCUUGGAAAGUCUGGAAUACAUGGUGUAUAUCACCACAUAUCUGGGGUAUAUUUUUUAGCUUUUACAGCAGACCCCACAUUCCUGGAAGUUUGUGAUUUGUGUUAAACAUUUUAGAGUGUGUAUUCUGUUAAUUACUAUUUUCCGAGUUAUAUUCUGCACUGUAGGUAGAUGCUUAGCUCGCCAUACUUAUCUUGUGGCUAUUUGUAUUUGUGUGGUUGGGUAGGUACAGAGAUGUUAAGAGAUUGGAUUUAUACAGGAACUUAAAAAUAAUUUUCUGUAUAUUUUUCCAAUUCCCAUACAGAUGGUUCCUGUUUUAUCACUUCGUUGGUUCUAUCAAGAGUGUUUACUUAAAACUUGCCAGGGCCUAUAAGUCUGCCUGUUAUUUUUACUUCUCAAAUCUGUACACUGGGUUUCAGUCUCCACUUUUUUAGAAAUCUGAAUUGCUUUGCUAUUUUUUUUUGUUCCAUCCUCACAGAAGCAUACAGUUUUUGUAUACACUUAAAAAAACAAACAAAAAACAAGGCAGGGUAUCAUCUAUUCUUAUUUUCUUUGAAUUGGAAACAAAAAUAAGUAUGAAGGACUACAACUAGAAGACAGACAUUUAAAUGCAUUUAAGUAGAUUAGUGGAAAAAGUUUCUACCAUUUUCUUUUUAUUUUAGAGACAGUUAAGAGACUGCUCCCUUGGGGCUGGAGAGGUGGCUCAGAGGUUAAGAGCACUGGAUGCUCUUCCAGAGGUCCUGAGUUCAAUUCCCACCCAGCAACCACAUGGUGGUUUACAACCAUCUGUAAUGAAUUAAUAAUAAUAAAUAAAAUCUUAAAAAAAAAAAAAGAGACUGCUCCUUGUACUGGGAGAUACUCUACUCUAUGUCUCUGUUGUUCCCUUGAAGUUAUCUUUUUAUUUUAUAAGGCAUAUAGAUACUAUUAGUUUAAAAUUCUUUAAGGUUAGGUAGUUCCAUGCCAUCAGCCUCUGAUGUAUUAUAAAUGGCAACCCUACCUACUUCUUAUACUGAAAUUUUACAUGAAUGCUUGUCUACACAUGACAGUGUUGUCCACUUUGUCACAGGCCAGUUUCUCUUGAAAUGUGACACCAAUUCAAGCAGCUUGGGUGCAGACACACCAGGAAGAGUGUCUCCUCUUACUGGCAACAGUAUCCUUUAUGUGGAAGAGAAGUUACUAUUCAGAGGAAGGCAACUUAGUGGAUGCUGUUCUGUGUGUCAUUGAUAAGUUUCCUUGUGACACUGAGAAUGUCUCCACUGUUGAGUGACCAGCUUGGCUCUCUCUGCACUUCCCUGUUUUAGUAGUUUAGUAGUUUGUUUUCUAGGUGGACUUGUAAACCCAACUGCGCCUGGGAGGUUAGAUGUGUGUAUUUGGGGGCCCCAGGGGUGUGUGUAGUUUUAUUUCUUUCCUUUUUGGUUUCGUUUCCUUUAGAUAUUUUGAACUUUAGUCAAUACUUCUGUGUUAUUUUUUAAGUAGCUUUAUUUCUUUCCUCUAGUAAAAUUGUGAACACAACUUGCCUUCUGAAGGCAGGAUAUGAGUUAUGGAUACAGAAAAGUAUUGUAGGUUGUACUGUGUGCCUUUACAAUGUGUUUAUGGGCAGUUUUUUCUCUCAUCAACUUGAACACCUAAAAGGGACAUUUUGGUUAGGCUAUAUAUACUGUAUAUCAAUCUAUGCAUAAAUGGCAGCUUGUUUUCUUGAGCCACUAUCUAAUUGUUUUUCUGUUUUUAUAAAAUUUUUUAUACUGAUUGGGUCACAGAUGGUCAGUUUUACACAGAAUGAAUAGCACAGCACUUUGCCAAAAACACCUGUAGUGUUGCUUAAACACUGUGUAUUACACCAGUUCUUUGUAAUGGGUUCAUAGUGCAUUUUGGGGAGUUACAGUUUUUUUUAAAUCUGUCAGUAAAUAAAAUGUCCUUUAACUUAA